UGCACUGGGUCCCUCGGACACAGCGGAUCACCAAUCAACAGAGAGAGCCGAAGACGUCGGCUCAGUUAUGUGAUCAGCUGUGUCCAAUCACAGCUGAUCGCAUGGGACAUCUACACUGAUCAUCAGGGCACUGAUGAUCAGUGUGCCCUGAAGAUCAGUGUAGCCCCAGAAGUGCCACCUAUCAGUGUCUAUCAAUGCCAGCUGUCAGCGCUCAUCAAUGCCAACUGCCAGUGCCCAUUAGUGCCACAUGAAUGUCACAUAUCAGUGCCUACCAGUGCACAUCAAUGUCACAUAUCAGUGCCCAUCUGAGCUGCCUUUCACUGCCACCUAUCAAUGCCAGUCAGUGCCACCUAUCAGUGCUGCAAAUCAGUGCUGCCUCUCAGUGCCAGUCAGUG